GCCAGGGCCGCUCGGGGCUCCUGGCAAGCGCCGCUCGGUAGCAGAGCCCGCCGUGCGCAGGGGUUCCGCCGCUCCGCAGGCGGGAGGGUUGUGAAGUUGUGUGAGCUGGAGCGGUGCGGGUCCGGCCGAGUCGGUGACCGCUGAGUCAGCGCGGCUGCUGCGGCCGCUGGGGGCCGUGCCCGAGCUGCCACAUAGCUCAACAUGAACUUUAACCAUCAAGAUAAUUUAAAAAGUGAACAGAAUAAUAUCUUCUGCGAGCUGGCUGUGGGAUUCUGGGUUUUUCGUGCAGUGCAGUCCCAUUCACUGCCUUUUCCUGAAACAGGACAUGGAGCUGCAUUCCUUUCUUCAUGUUAGGUGCUAAGUUGUUGUUAACUCUGUUGGCAAUGUCUAUGAUCUUAUCUGCCUCUGUGGUCCGUGUGAGGGAUGGACUCCCACUUUCUGCAUCUACUGAUUAUGACCAGAGCACGGGAAUGCAGGAAUGUAGAAAAUAUUUUAAAAUGCUCUCUAAAAAACUUUCUCAGCUUCCUGAUAGAUGUACUCUGAAAACUGGACAGUAUAAUAUAAACUUUAUAAGUUCUCUGGGAGUGAGCUAUAUGAUGUUGUGCACCGAAAACUAUCCUAAUGUCCUGGCUUUCUGUUUCCUGGAUGAGCUUCAGAAGGAGUUCAUCACUACCUACAAUAUGAUGAAGACAAAUACUGCUAUCAGACCAUACUGUUUUAUAGAGUUUGAUAAUUUCAUUCAGAGGACCAAACAGAGAUACAACAACACACGUUCUUUGUCAACAAAGAUGAAUCUUGCUGAUAUGCAGACUGAAAUCAAACUGAGACCACCGUAUCAAAUUGCUGUGUCAGAACUUGGUUCAGCCAAUGGCUUUUCUCAUAUACCUGUGCGGGAGUAUAAGGGUACUGGUAAGAUAUCUGCAGCUCCUCAUCAACGUCUGGAACCUGUGACUCUGCCAGGGAUUGUCUCAUUUGUGCUUAGUCUGUUAUGUGGAGCUUUGAAUUUAAUCCGUGGCUUCCAUGCCAUAGAAAGCCUUCUCCAGAAUGAAGGUGAAGAUUUCAGCUACGUUAUUGCAUUUUUUCUUGGAACCGCAGCCUGUUUGUACCAGUGUUACCUGUUUGUGUACUACACAGGCUGGAGGAAUGCCAAGUCCUUCUUGACUUUUGGGUUGAUCUGCCUGUGUAACAUGUACCUGUAUGAGCUGCGCAACCUGUGGCAGCUCUUCUUCCAUGUGACUGUGGGAGCCUUUUCUACCUUACAGAUCCGACUGCGGCAGCCGCAGGGAAAGUCCCCCGAUUACAACGUCUGACAAGUCCUGGAACAUUGAGACCAAGUCUUGUUCCAGUAGUUACUCUCAGGAAUGUAAAGCUGUUCUCCAAAAGAAGAAGCUGUCUGAAUGGGGCUUUUUUUUUUUUUU